GACACACAUAAAAUAAAGUUGGAAGAUUUCCAGAUAGAACGUUGCUCCGCUGCAACCCAAUCUCCAAACCCACCUUAUCUUUCCACUCCCCUCCUCAGUCUCCCAAAACCAUGUAACACACACUCCCAACCCAAACCAUGCUCGAAACACCCCACCGUCACCACUUCUCCACCACAAACACCCUCCCCAAACCCCCCAUCUCUAACCCCCGAAGAAAACUCCUCUCAUUCCCAUCCCUCUCCUCCAAAAACACCUCCCUCAUUUCCCUCCCUCCCAAACCCCACAAAUCCCAACUCCCCCCACCCCCCAAUCCCCCCAAUUCCAUUCCCCCCUCCCCUCCCAAUGCCGAUUUCCAACAAAAACUCAUUUACUUCGAUUCCAUCGGAAUCGAUUUCCUCUCCUUCCUCUCCUCCCACCCGCCCAUUCUCUCCACUCCCAUUCCCUCCAUCAAAUCAACCAUCUCUCUUCUCUACUCGAUUGGCCUCACUCCUCCUGACCUUCGCCGCGCCGCCUCGAUGUGCCCCGAAAUUCUCUCUGGUAAUUUGCAUCGAGUUUUAAAAUGAUAUUUUUAAUUUCAAAUUUACAAAUAGGUGAUUAAAGUUUUUGUUAAAUGUCUAUUUUUUUUAAGAUUUUAUGAUUUACAAAUAAGUGAUUUUAAUUUUUACCGAAUUUCAAAAAGACAAUUAAUUAAGUGAUUUUAAGUUUUCUUAAGCUGGAACAUGGGUAAGCAGAGUGGCAAGGUCUUUACAUUGAAAUUUGAAAUGCCGUGUUCAGCGUAAAAAAUUUAAGAUGCUGGGCAAUUUGGAUACAGAGAAUCUUAAGGUGGAAAUUUCUAACCAGUCUUCUGUAUAUGCUUCUAAUGGAAUGGACCGGUUGUUCAAGGGGUCUUCCAUUGAAUUUAUCCUCUAAUGGAAAAGCCGUGUUCAAAGUUGAAGAGCCUAUCUCUACCACCUGCAUGCUAAUUCAUCAAAUCUUCCAUGUUCUUGUGCUGAGAAUGUGUUCCGAUAUAAAUUACAAAUUUCAAGUUUGACAGAUAUUCAAGGAAAACAUUUGACAAGUUCAUGCUUUCCUAAUUUUGGUUAUAAGUUUCAAGUGGGCAGUAUCUCUAUUUAGCAAAAAAAUAAAAGUUGGCAGUAUCUCUGUCUCCAACAUUUCAGGAAGCAUUGUGUGAGACUAGUGUUCUGUUAAUUCAACAUUACUUGCCGUUCAAAGUUCAAACUAGGGCUGGCAAUUUCAUUAUAAAUACAUAUUCGAAGUUGAAGCAUUCUACAUCCGCUCACUGUUCUCUUUCUGGCUAGUCCCUCAUAUCAUUUUGCAUCUUCCCAAAUUUCAUUAGAAUCAUCAAUACUUUGUAUGUAUAUUAUAGCUAUGGCAAUGCAAAAUUAUAUCAGUUUCCUCCUGCUUGUUUGUGCAUUUGGUGUUUUGGCAAAUUCAGAGUUUGGUACUGGGAGUGUAGCUGGAGGCAACUUGCCUAGAAGUUGUGUUGAGAGUGAGAAACAAGCUUUACUACUCUUUAAGAAUUCUCUUGUCGAUGACUCGAGUUCUUUAUCUUCGUGGGUUGGAGAUGAUUGUUGUGCAUGGGAGGGGAUUGGUUGCGACAACAUAACCAAUCAGGUCACACAACUUGAAGUUCGAAAUGUCUUUUUAACAAGUAAGAAAAUUCAUCCUUCCUUGCUUGAUUUGAAAUAUUUGACACACUUGGAAUUGAGUAUCAGCAGCUCACAAGGUAUUCAAAUUCCAGAAUUUUUUGGGUCCUUUAAAGAUCUGAUUUAUCUCAACCUCUCAAACUCCAAUUUUGAAGGUUGGGUUCCUCAACAUCUAGGAAAUCUUUCAAAGUUGCAGUACCUUGACUUGCAAACUAAUGAAGAUUCUUAUCAAGAGUUGAGGAUGGAUAGCAUCCAGUGGUUAUCCAAGCUUUCUUUGUUGCACCACUUAGAUUUGUCUGGUGUAAAUCUUUCUAGCGCCAUUGAUUGGUUCUCGUCUAUAAACAUGCUUUCUAAAUCAAUAUCGGUGCUUCAUCUAUCUGGUUGUGCUCUACCCAGCAAUAUACCUCGUCAUCUUUCUUUUAUAAAUCUCACAUCUCUUGUUUCACUUGAUCUUUCUGCUAACCGUUUUCACGCUUCUUUCCCUUCCUGGGUUCUUAACAAUACUAACCUUGAACAUCUUUUUCUCGGGUCUAAUUAUUUUCAUGGUCUCCUACCUGAAUCUAUCGGAAGUUUGUCUGCUCUUUCUGUUCUUGAUCUUGCAGACAAUAAAUUCCAGGGCACAAUUCCUCUUUCUAUUGCAAAUUUGACAUCACUUUCCCAACUUGAUCUGUCAGUCACUAGAUUAAGUAAUCCAUUUCCACCAAACAUGGGCAAUCUCACUGAGCUUAGAUACCUCGGCAUCGCGAUGAUGGGUCUAAGGGGUAGUCUGCCUGAAACAUUUUGUCAAUUGAAAAAAUUAGAACAUUUGGAUGCCGGAGGCAAUCGAUUGACAGGACAAAUUCCUGAAUGCAUUGGAAACCUAUCAAAUCUGAAUGAUUUGUCACUUACUGAAAAUUCAUGGGAGGGUUUUGUAUCAGAGUAUCACUUGAUUAACCUCAGUAGGCUAUUGUCCUUUACCAUUUCUUCAGAUUCUAACUUGAUUUCUAAUAUAAGUUCUGAAUGGGUUCCUCCGUUUCAGCUUCAAGUUGUAGAUAUGCAUUCGCUCAAGAUGGGUCCGAAAUUUCCGCAAUGGCUUCUCACGCAAAGAAAUAUUCAGUAUUUACUAUUGGCAAAUGCAAGCAUAUCAGAUACCAUCCCAGUUAGUUGGUUUUCGAGUUUGUUCUCAUCUCUUGAAUAUGUUGAUCUAGGUGACAAUGACAUCCACGGGGACCAAUUAUCGCUAAUUUCAGGAGCUUCAAAUGUUUUAACAAGUGUGGAUCUUUCAAAUAAUCGUUUAUCGGGUAAAUUUCCUGCAUUCUUAUGCAAUCUGACUGCUUUGGCUUAUUUAGAACUCUCCAACAAUAACUUCACUGGAGAGCUUCCCCGCUGCUUAGGAAAUUUGACACAACUGAAUUAUUUGGUGUUAAUGAAUAAUAGCCUAUCGGGUAAUAUUCAUUUUUUAGGUUCUUUAGGGAGUCUCACAUAUUUAAACUUGUACAACAACAAGUUUUCAGGAAAACUUCCUCGGACCUUCCAAAACUUUUCGCAGCUGAUUGCAAUUGAUUUGGGAAAGAAUAACUUGAGCGAUGUCCUCCCCACUUGGACUGCAGAGCAAUCUCAGAUCAAGUAUUUGAUACUCCGGUCCAACAAUUUCUAUGGUGAAAUUCCUACACAGCUUUGCCAACACAAGUCACUUGAAGUAUUGAACUUGGCAGACAACCAAAUCACAGGAAACAUUCCUUCUUGUUUUGGUAAUUUUAGUGCCAUGGUUAGAGGUCUCAUCACUUAUAAUUUCUUAAACUAUAGUACAAGAGGUGCAAAAGAAUUUGAAAUAGUUGAUGAGACCAAAGGAUAUGAGCAAGAUUACACCUCUACACUCAAGUAUCUGGUUUCCAUUGAUUUAUCAAUGAAUAACAUCAGUGGAGAGAUUCCCAAAGAGUUGAUGGAUCUUCAUGGUUUACUAAAUUUGAAUUUGGCGGGUAAUCAUCUAUCUGGAAAGAUCCCCAACGAGAUUGGAAAAAUGGAAAACUUGAUAUUCCUUGAUCUUUCUAGAAAUGAGCUUCACGGACCUAUUCCACACAGCCUGUCAUAUUUAAACUUUUUAAGCCAAAUGAAUCUCUCUUUUAAUGAUUUAUCAGGAAGAAUACCCUCUGGAUAUCAGCUUCAGACACUUGACGAUCCCUCCAUCUAUGCUGGCAACAAGCAACUUUGUGGCCCUCCUAUCUUGAAACCAUGCGCUGCUGACACAGCUUCACAUAGUGUUAACGACCACAAUGAAGCUGAUUCUGAUCUCGAUUCAGAUGAUGAGCACAUGUGGAUUUUUGCUGGACUUGGACCUGGUUUCGCAGUUGGCUUUUUGGGAUUCUGUUUCACUUUGCAUUUUUCAAAUAUUAGUAUUCAUGUUUCUAUUUUGGCAAACAGGAUCUUGAGAAGAUAUAGGUAGUCAUGCACUGCGGAGUAAGUUCCAUAACUGACCAGGGAAUCCAGAUUCGUCAUCAAGUUGCCAUCGAGCAGCAGGCUUGCAUGAGGAGGAUGAUUCUACCCCCUACUAAUUAUCUAUGUUCUGUUUCCUGUAACUCGAGUAUUGCAUAUAAAAGGCCGCGCUAUGCAGGCUAAAUUCACUAGUUUAUGUAUCCAAACAUUUAUAGCUAAAUGGGCGAGAAGAAUUCUGUGAAAUAAGAUAUCACAUGCCUUAAAGUCUA